AUGGUUACAAAUCACGAAGAGGUGAAGCUUUUGGGGGCUAUAGGAAGCGCAUUUGUGUGUAGGGUUCAGAUUGCUCUUAAGUUGAAGGGAAUUGAAUACAAAUUUGUUCAAGAAAACUUGGCCAACAAAAGUGAUCUUCUCCUCAAAUACAACCCAGUUUAUAAAAAGAUUCCGGUUUUUGUUCACAAUGAGAAGCCCGUAUCAGAGUCUCUGGUGAUUCUUGAAUACAUUGAUGAGACCUGGAAACAAAAUCCUAUCUUGCCUUUUGAACCAUAUCAAAGAGCCUUGGCUCGGUUUUGGUCCAAGUUCAUCGACGAAAAGAUUGUGUCUGCUUCUAUUAAAGCUGUUCAUAUCAUUGAUGAUGAUAAAGAGCGUGAGAAGAAUGUUGCUGAAACAUCUGAUUCUCUUCGGUUUCUUGAGAAUGAGUUGAAGGACAAGUUCUUUGGGGGAGAAGAGAUUGGUUUUGUGGAUAUUGCUGCUGUGUUCAUAGCUUUUUGGAUCCCUUUGAUUCAAGACGUAACAGGGUUGCAAUUGUUUACUGCUGAAAAGUUUCCAAAGCUUUACAAAUGGAGUCAAGAAUUUCUCAACCAUCCAAUUGUUAAGCAGUGUUUGCCUCCUAGAGACCCUGUUUUUGCCUAUUUCAAAGCUCACUAUGAUAGCCUCAUUGCUUCGAAAUAG